GCUAGCCGUGUGUGUGUGGCCUGCGAGCAGGGUGCCUGCUGGGGCCAGGGCUUCCUGGCCAUGCUCUGGGCUCUCUGGCCAAGGUGGCUGGCAAGCAAGGGACUGCCUCUCCUAGGGGCAGUGCUGUUGGGGAAGAGAGAGAAGAGGGGCCCUCGGUGGAGGCACUGGCAGUGGGAAACUCACCCAUACUAUGACCUCCAGGUGAAGGUGCUGAGGGCCAGAAAUAUCCAGCACACAGACCUGUUGUCCAAAGCUGACUGCUAUGUGCAACUGUGGCUGCCCACGGCAUCCCCCAGCCCUGCCCAGACAAAAACAGUGGCCAACUGCAGUGACCCUGAGUGGAACGAGACCUUCCACUACCAGAUCCAUGGCGCCCUGAAGAACGUCCUGGAGCUCACCCUCUAUGAUGAGGAUGUCCUGGGGAGCGACCAGCUCUCCCUGCUCCUGUUUGACCUGGGGAGCCUCAAGUGUGGCCAGCCCCACAGACACACCUUCGCACUUGACCACCAGAAUCUGCAAGAGCUGCAGGUGGAGUUUGUUCUGGAGCAGAGCCAGGUGCCUGCCUCCGACAUCAUCACCAAUGGGGUCCUGGUGGCUCACCCCUGUCUAAGAAUCCAGGGCACCCUCUGUGGAGAUGGGACAGCCCCACGUCGAGAGUAUGGCUCUAGGCAGCUCCAGCUGGCAGUGCCCGGGGCCUAUGAGAAGCUGCAGCUGUUGCCCCUGCAGCCUCCCGAAGAACCAGGCCUCCCACCAACUUUUACCUUCCAUGUGAACCCGGUGCUGAGUUCUAGGCUGGAUGUGGAGCUGGUGGAGGAGCUCAGGGUUCUGCAGAGUGGCCCGAACACAGAGCUGGAGGCUCAGACCAGCAGGCUGGGUGAGGGUAGCAUCCUGCUCUCCUCUCUGCCCAUAGGCCAGGAGGACCAGUGCUUUGUGGCCCUAGGGGAGGGCAAGGAGGUGGCUCUGAGUGUGAAGGUAGAAAAGAGCUCUGGGGACCUGGACGUGCGCCUUGGCUUUGACCUCAGUGACGGAGAGCGGGAGUUUCUGGAUAAAAGGAAGCAGAUUGUGUCGAAGGCUCUGCAACAGGUGCUGGAAUUAAGCAAAGCUCUGGACAAUGACCAGGUGCCUGUAGUAGCUGUGUUGGGUUCCGGGGGUGGAACUCGAGCCAUGUCUUCCCUGUAUGGCAGCCUGGCAGGACUGCAGGAGCUUGGCCUUCUGGACACUGUGACCUACCUGAGCGGGGUCUCUGGGUCCACCUGGUGUAUCUCCACGCUGUACAAGGACCCAGCCUGGUCCCAGGUGGCCUUGCAGGGCCCCAUUGAGUAUGCUCAGGCUCGGGUCUGCAGCAGUAAGCUGGGGGCAAUGUCCACAGAGCAGCUACAACACUACACUCAGCACCUGGGGGUCCGGGAACCCAGCAACCACGGUGUGUCCCUCAUUGACUUCUGGGGCCUCCUCCUCGAGUAUUUCCUGUAUCAGGAGGAAAACCCUGCGAAGCUGUCUGACCAGCAGGAGGCUGUCAGCCAGGGUCAGAACCCGUAUCCCAUCUAUGCCUGCGUCAACGUCCGCACCAACAUAAGUGCAGAAGAUUUUGCAGAGUGGUGCGAGUUCACCCCCUACGAGGUCGGCUUUCCCAAGUACGGGGCUUACAUUCCCACCGAGCUCUUCGGCUCAGAGUUCUUCAUGGGACGACUACUGCAACUGCGGCCUGAGCCCCGGAUUUGCUAUCUGCAGGGAAUGUGGGGCAGCGCCUUCGCAGCCAGCCUGGAUGAGAUCUUCCUGAAGACCUCAGGCUCAGGCCUGGGCUUCCUGGAGUGGCACAGGGGCAGUGUCAACAUUGCAGAUGACUGCCAGAAGCUCCAGCUGCAUGACCCUGCACGGCUGCGGACGAGGCUCUUCACCCCACAAGGCCCCUUCUCCCAGGCUGUGCUGGACAUAUUCACCUCCCGCUUCACUUCUGCCCAGAACUCGAACUUCACUCGAGGCCUCUGCCUGCACAAGGACUAUGUGGCUGGCAGGAAGUUUGUGGCCUGGAAAGACACACACCCGGAUGCCUUCCCCAACCAGCUCACCCCCAUGCGGGACUGCCUAUACCUGGUGGAUGGAGGCUUUGCCAUCAACUCUCCGUUCCCACUGGCUCUGCUGCCCCAGAGAGCAGUGGACCUCAUUCUGUCCUUUGACUACUCCUUGACAGCCCCUUUUGAGGUCUUACAGAUGACUGAGAAGUACUGCCUGGACCGAGGAAUCCCCUUCCCUAGUAUAGAGGUGGGCCCUGAGGACUUGGAGGAACCCCGGGAGUGCUAUCUGUUCGCCAAUCCUGAUGACCCCUGCUCACCUAUCGUGCUGCACUUCCCUCUUGUCAACCGUACCUUCCGAACACACCUGGCGCCAGGUGUGGAACGGCAAACAGCUGAGGAGAAGGCCUUUGGAGACUUUGUCAUCAAUGGGCCAGACACCCCCUAUGGCAUGAGGAACUUCACCUAUGAACCCCAGGACUUUGAUCGGCUGGUGGCCCUGAGUCGAUAUAAUGUUCUGAACAAUGUGGAGACUGUGAAGAGUGCCCUCCGGCUAGCUCUGGAUCGGGUAGGAGACAAGGCUGGGGGCUAA